ACCGGACUCGAUCUUUCAGCGACACAAAAAAAAUAAGGUCUCCAAUUUUCACCAUCAUUUCGUUUGAAAAAAUUACUACUUUAAAAAGUUUAGGGAGGAAAAGGCCCAGAAGAGGUGUGCUAGUUUCUGGUACUCAAUGGGAAGGUCUCCCUGCUGUGAGAAAGCUCAUACAAACAAAGGUGCAUGGACCAAAGAAGAAGAUGAUCGCCUUAUUGCUUAUAUCAAAGCCCAUGGAGAAGGCUGCUGGCGCUCCCUCCCUAAGGCUGCAGGCCUCCUUCGAUGUGGCAAAAGCUGUCGUCUCCGGUGGAUCAACUAUCUGAGGCCAGACCUCAAACGCGGCAAUUUUACUGAAGCAGAAGAUGAGCUCAUUAUCAAGCUGCAUAGCCUACUUGGUAACAAAUGGUCUCUUAUAGCGGGGAGAUUACCAGGAAGAACAGAUAAUGAGAUAAAGAAUUACUGGAACACACACAUAAAAAGGAAGUUACUCAGCAGAGGUAUUGACCCUGCAACUCACAGACCCCUCAAUGAGGCUGCAGCUCAAGAAGUCUCAACAAUAUCUUUUGCUGGUAAUAAAGAAGUGAAAGAGAAGAACUCCAAGGACCUUCUCUGCAAAGAUGAGAAAAACCCAGUUCAAGAAAGGUGUCCUGACUUGAACCUGGAUCUCAGGAUUAGCCCUCCUCACCACCUCCAGCCUGAGCCACUGAAAACAGGAGGUGGAACUCUCUGUUUUGUCUGCAGUUUGGGUCUGCAAAACAGCAAAGAAUGCAAUUGCGGCAUCGGAACUCCCAGCAGUAGCAGUGCUGGCAACAUCACCACUACAGGGUAUGACUUCUUAGGCGUGAGAACUGAUGUGUUGGAUUAUAGAGGUUUGGAAAUGAAAUAAGAAGGAAUUGGGUUUAACUUCUUUUUUUAUAAUUAUGUAGCUAAAAUCAGAAUGGAGAGAAAUGAGAAAGAGAUUGUUAUUAGUCUAAAAUCUCUGUUAAUUUUCUCUGAAUCAAUGCUCUGUGCGUAUCUUUAUUAUAACAUACGAGUAUAUAGUACUAGACUAUCAGUAUAUCAGUACAGAUGAUUAUUUCCGAGAAAUGUUUUGAAUUCACUGGACUGUAUAGUUUGCCCUCUCUUAUAGUACUGUUUUUGGUAAUAUUUUCCCUUUUCCCAUCCAAAACAAUAAGGUCUUUUUUCUUUU